GCCUUUUCUCAUCUGUUCUUGCUCUUGGAUGGGGGGCUGCUACUCCGGAGCGGCGAACUGGCGGGCGGGGGUGCGCCUGUGAGUGUGAGCGCGCGUGUGCGUGUGUGCGCGCGCUCUCGUGGCCUUCCGGCAGCUGGCAGCUGUCCCGGCCCCCACCCCACCCAACCCCACCCCACCCAGCCGCGCCACGCCACGCCGCCCCCGCCCCUCGCUGUGCUGGGUGCGCCUCGGGCCGCUGCGCUCCUGGCCAGCUCCCCCCAGCGCCUGGGAGGCGACCCCCAGUGCGCCCGGGUUCAAAGGCCCGGCGAGGCAGUUCCAGCCCCUCUGGGGGGCGGGGAGGCGACGGGGGUGGUGCAGAAGCCAGAAAAGCCCGAGCCACAGCCGGCCAGCUCCGCGCAGGGAUGGGCAGCGCGCUCUGAAAGUUUAUGACCGCCGCAGCCAACUCCUGGCCGGAGCUGGAGACGCAGCGAGCGAUCGGCCGGCCUCGAACCCCCACAGCUGGAGGGCGAGGCCAGCUGUACCCGGCCCCAGUGCCCUUUCGCGGCCACAAGCGGCCGUCCUCCUGGUCCGGUGCUCCGGCGCCUGAUCUAGGUUCAUGGAGCCGGGGCUGUGGCUCCUUUUCGGGCUCACAGUGACCUCCGCCGCAGGAUUCGUGCCUUGCUCCCAGUCUGGGGAUGCUGGUAGGAGCGGCGUGUCCCAGGCCCCCACCGCAGCCAGAUCUGAGGGGGACUGUGAAGAGACUGUGGCUGGCCCUGGCGAGGAGACUGUGGCUGGCCCUGGCGAGGGGACUGUGGCCCCGACAGCACUGCAGGGUCCAAGCCCUGGAAGCCCUGGGCAGGAGCAGGCGGCCGAGGGGGCCCCUGAGCACCACCGAUCCAGGCGCUGCACGUGCUUCACCUACAAGGACAAGGAGUGUGUCUACUAUUGCCACCUGGACAUCAUUUGGAUCAACACUCCCGAACAGACGGUGCCCUAUGGACUGUCCAACUACAGAGGAAGCUUCCGGGGCAAGAGGUCUGCAGGGCCACUUCCAGGGAAUCUGCAGCUCUCACAUCGGCCACACUUGCGCUGCGCUUGUGUGGGGAGAUAUGACAAGGCCUGCCUGCACUUUUGCACCCAAACUCUGGACGUCAGCAGGUUGAAGUCAAGGACCAACAAAGCAAACAGGCUUUAGACCUCCACCAUCCAAAGCUCAUGCCCGGCAGUGGACUCGCCCUCGCUCCAUCUACCUGCCCCCACUGCCUCUUUCAGGAAGGAGCCCCUUAGGAGGACAGGCCUGCAGCAUCCUGGUCUCGGGAGGCUUCUGUCAUUGCUCACACACAGUUCAGAUUUCCACCUCUUUAUAGACAAGAAGUGAAUUUGCCUGGGGCAGAACACCCACCCAAAGAGUCCCCACUUAACAAUACCCCCCCACGGCAAGAAUGCCCAAAUCCGAAUGACCCCAGUUUUCCUAAUGAGUAAAAUGAUCCCAGAUGUGCCCCAGAGCAUGACGCCCGCAGCUCCGGUUUCAUGCAGGAAAUUGGUUUUGGAGAGUUUUGGCAAGUUGGAAAGCCACUUACUGGCUUUUGACAUGACUUCUCUUGGAGAAUAAGUGGACUCCAAGCUAACUCUUUGCAAAUGUAAACACAUGUCCAUCUUGUAAUAAAUGCAAAAUGCCCGUGCAGCAGAAGCAUGCGACUUUCAUAUCCUUGCCUAGAAUAGGCUGCAUGGUGUAUGUCAGUGAGGGCCACGAGGCGUCGGCUUUAGACACAGAUCAUAGCUCUACAGGAGUUUAUGAAUUUGAAGCUUAUGGGAUUUUGGCAGAGAAAUUUUCAGCUGUGCUUGAUACCCACCAAAAGAAUGUAUCUCAAAAGAAUGAAGGAAGAAGAAAAAAGGAUCCUUGAUGUUUGUGACAAGAAAAUGAGAAAGUUAGUAUCUGCAAUACAGAGCUUGUUCCUGUUCAGUGACUGACCCUCUGUAUUCUGUAUAGACACCAGGCCGAUACACAGUGGAGUUCCCAGGCCUUGUUUGCAGGAAGCCGACUGUAAAGACAGCCCCAGCUCAAGGCUAUUAGGUUGAAUAUUUGCUUUCAUGAGUAAAUGUGGAUCUUUGGGGAAUGGCUUCAAAAUAAGUCACGAACACAAAUUCUUUGUAAAUUAUGUAAAUUCCUGUUUAUAUAAAUUGGCAACAACUUAUACCGUCUGACAGUUCAAAAUCUCUUUCAGCUGCGCUCUUCCCGCUGAGCCGAGCUUACUGUGAGUGUGGAGAUGUUAUCCCGCCAUGUAAAGUCGCCUGCGCAGGGGAGGGCUGCCCAUCUCUCCACCCAGUCACAGAGAGAUAGGAAACGGCAUUUGAGUGGGUGUCCAGGGCCCCGUAGGGAGACAUUUAAGAUGGUGUAUGACACAGCAUUGGCCUUGACCAAAUGUUAAAUCCUCUGUGUGUAUUUCAUAAGUUAUUACAGGUAUAAAAGUGAUGACCUAUCAUGAGGAAAUGAAAGUGGCUGAUUUGCUGGUAGGAUUUUGUACAGUUUAGAGAAGCGAUUAUUUAUUGUGAAACUGUUCUCCACUCCAACUCCUUUAUGUGGAUCUGUUGAAAGUAGUCACUGUAUAUACGUAUAGAGAGGUAGAUAGGUAGGUAGAUUUUAAAUUGCAUUCUGAAUACAAACUCAUAUUCCUUAGAGCUUGAAUUACAUUUUUAAAAUGCAUAUGUGCUGUUUGGCACCGUGGCAAGAUGGUAUCAGAGAGAAACCCAUCAAUUGCUCAAAUACUCAGAAAGUACUGUCAAAAGCCUAAUAAAAAAGCUAAAGUUUGCUCU